GCCUUUGUAUUCUUCGCUCCUCACCCAAACCCAAAUCCUAUAAAAGCACAAAUAUAUUUUGUGUUGUACCUACGACGUCGUUUGAUUGGUAUUUUUAUCUUUCGCCGGAGCGGUGAAGUCUGGCCGGUUUAUGGCGUCGGCGGUUUUUGAGAACCGGAGUGAAUCAAACUGGGGGAAAUUUAUGGGAAAGAAACUUAACUAUUCGAGCCCUAAUUCGACAAACCCUAACCCUAAUCGAAAGCAAUCCAAGUCGAAAAGGAAGCAGUUUCAUCAAUUGGACGUCCCUUUAGUGAGUCAGGAUGUUUCCGAGGAUGCGUAUUCGUAUAAUCAGCGAGGAAUUGAGGGGAAUUGCGGGAAAGGAGAGGGGUUUAAUUGUUGUGAUUAUGUUAAUUUUAAUGUUUCGGGGUCUUCGAAGAGUGAAUUGAUCGAGUUGAGGAGGAAAUUGGAGUUGGAGCUUCAGAAAGUUCGGAGCUUGAAUGAUCGGAUUGAUUCUGGGGGAUAUUCGGGGAGAAAUAAGAAAUUGUUCGGUCAGAAGAGGCCCUUGCCCGUGAUUAAUAAUGGGGAUGGUGGUGAUUAUGAAGAUUUGACGAAGAUGUGUAAGCAGAUUUUGACGAAAUUGAUGAGGAAUAGGAGUAGUCGGGUUUUUAAUAAGCCGGUUGAUGCUGUCGGUUUGGGCUUGUAUGAUUAUCAUCAGAUUGUCAAGGAGCCUAUGGAUUUAGGUACGGUGAAAAUGAAUUUGUCCAAGAAUUUGUAUGCAUCGCCUAGUGAAUUUGCUUCAGAUGUCAGGUUGACGUUUAAUAAUGCAAUGCUGUAUAAUCCCAAGACGGAUCAAGUUCAUUCGAUGGCAGCUCAGCUUUUGUCACAGUUUGAGGAUAUGUUUGCACCAGUUCAAGAUAAAUUGGAUAGUUAUGUUGAGAAAGACGAGGUUCGCAUUGGGGAUGAUGAUUGGCAUGGUAGUUCCUGGAAUGAGAUUACAAAUACAGAAAGACCCAAGAAGCCAAAAACUAAUAUAGUCAGUUCGAUUCCUACUAUUAUGCCUGAGCAGAUUCCUGAACCCUUGAUCCAGUCUAGUGCUUCUAAUCAUUCCAAUUCGGAUCCACGAUCAAUGCAAUCACCUGUGUUGGCUCCAUCUAAUGUGCAAGCACAACCUGUGAAGCCAACUGGGUCAGUGAAACCUGCCUCUACAUUAAAGCAGCCUAAGCCAAAAGCAAAGGAUCCUAAUAAGAGAGCUAUGACGAUGGAGGAGAAGCAAAAGCUGGGAGUUGGGUUACAAGAUUUGCCUGAAGAAAAAAUGCCACAGUUGGUGCAAAUUAUACGAAAGAGAAAUGAACGUUUGGCGCAGGAAGGUGAUGAAAUUGAGCUUGAUAUUGAGGCCCUUGAUAUAGAAACUCUUUGGGAGCUUGACAGAUUUGUGACAAACUGGAAGAAGCUUGCAAGUAAGACCAAGAGGCAAGCCCUGAUGGAGAACUUCUCAACAGCUCCCAUGGUUGCACCUGAUACUGAGGCUCUUGCUAGUGACAUAAAUGAUGGGGCAAAUAGCAUUAAGAGAGGAGAUGGUGAUGAGGAUGUGGACAUUGGUGAUGAGAUGCCAGAGAGCAGUUUCCCCCAUGUGGAAAUUGAGAAGGACGAUGGUGGGAAUGUUCGCGAUAAUGGACAAACAAAUGGAAUUGGUAAUGCAAGUAGUAGCUCAAGCAGUUCAGGCAGUUCCAGCUGUGAUUCCUCUUCAAGUGAUUCAGAAUCAGGGAGUCGUUCAGGAAGUGACUCUGAUGCAGAGGAUGAAGUACAGUCAUGAUGUUAUGUUAUCGUUUGUGUCGAAUCUGUGAAUAUUAAUGCAGUCCUGCAUCCGUAACCUUGCUUCUUAGCUGUCGAGUGAGCUGAAUUUUAAAGUUUCAUUUGCAGAACACUUACAGAAGUGUUGAGGUUGUUGUAGCAUUGGUAAUUUAUUUCGAUGUCAAAUGAACCCGUCCUUGAGGCUAAGAUGAAGAGUCAAAGGAAACCCAUCAUCCAGUGCCGAGAGACUGCACCGAUAAAUUAUUGGUGUGAUGGUUUGGUUAGUUGUAUGAUUUCUCUUGUAUACUGAUUACUAACAAUAGUAAAUAAAUUUUCAGCUUCUUUGCCUCUUA